AUGAUCUUCCCUUCGUUCAAGAGGGCAACCCUCUUUGCACUGCCUGCGGCAGCAGCAAUCUCUCAGUCGACCACCCAAUCCGCCUCGACUGAGUCCAUUCCCACCAAGCCAAUGGACCAGGGUCCUCUUGUGACUUCUUGGUCUGGCGCCACUGCAUCAGUCCUCGUCAAUGGAACCCUUUCCACUUUCACCGCUCAAUACACUCUUCCUGCUUCCAUCGACUAUGGCGCAAACUUGCUUCCUAAUGUCGAGGACCCCGAGGCAAAGGUCGCGCAGAGCGUCUGCCCCGGUUACAAGGCCUCGAAUGUUGAGCACAAUCAGUACGGCUUUACAGCCACUCUGAACCUUGCAGGACAGGCCUGUAACGUCUACGGCACUGACGUUGAUGUCCUCAAUCUCACCGUCGCCUACCAGUCUGCUCACCGUCUGGCAGUCGAGAUCACUCCUGCUCACAUCACCGCUGAGAAUGCUAGCUGGUACAUCUUGCCUUCUGAGCAAGUCUACAAGCCCCAGCAGGGUGUUCCCGAUGAGGCUACCGAAGACAUUGAUCUUCAGUUUGUCUGGUCGAACGAUCCUACCUUCAAUUUUGCUGUAUUGAGAAAGUCAACUGGUGAUGUCCUCUUCUCUACCGAGGGUACCGUACUCGUCUUUGAGGACCAGUUCGUCGAGUUUGUAUCUGAGCUGCCUGAAAACUACAACCUUUAUGGCUUGGGCGAGAGACUUCACGGCAUCAGACUCGGCGACAACUUGACUGCCACUAUGUUUGCAGCUGACAACGGUAAUCCCAUUGACCUGAACCUCUAUGGCACUCACCCCUUUUACUUGGACACUAGAUACUACGAGAAGGAUCCCGAGACUAGUGCAUUGACUCUCUUGACUGGUAAUGCCAGCGCCAAUGCCAGCUACAUCUCGUACAGUCACGGUGUUUACCUCAGAAACGCCCACGGCCAGGAGCCCAUUCUGAAUGCCGGAAACAUCACUUGGAGAACUCUCGGUGGAAACAUUGACCUCUACUUCUUCGACGGUCCUAACCAGGCCGAGGUCACCAAGCAGUACCAGAAUGGUGCUAUUGGUUUACCUGCCAUGCAGCAGUACUGGACCUUUGGUUAUCACCAAUGCCGCUGGGGCUACAAGAACUGGACUAUGAUGCAGGAUGUCGUCGACAACUUUGCCAAGUUUGGUAUUCCUCUCGAGACGAUUUGGAACGACAUCGACUACAUGUUCCAAUACCGCGACUUUGAGAACGACCCCAACACCUUCCCUUACGACCAGGGCGAGAAGUUCAUCGACGGUCUGCACGCCAACGGCCAGCACUACGUGACCAUCGUUGAUUCCGCCAUCUACAUCCCCAACCCUGACAACGCUACUGAUGCAUACUCUAUCUACACCGAUGGACAUGAUAUGGAUGUGUUCAUGAAGAACCCUGACGGUACCGAAUACAUUGGUGCUGUCUGGCCCGGCUUCACCGUUUUCCCCGACUGGCAUGCUGCAAACGCCACCGAGUGGUGGACCCAGUCUCUCAAGACCUGGCGCGAGAAGGUGCAGGUCGACGGAAUCUGGAUCGACAUGUCAGAGGUCAGCUCUUUCUGCGUCGGCAGCUGUGGAACCGGUAGCCUGCAUUUGAACCCUGUUCACCCUCCUUUCCACCUUCCUGGAGAGCCCGGAUCGAUUGACUAUGGCUACCCCGAAGGUUUCAACGUCACCAACGCUACCGAAGCUGCUGUCGCUUCGUCCAUGUCGGCCGCACAGGCUUCUUCCAACUUGGCCGAACAAGGAACCUCAACCACCACUUCUAGCCCCUACCUCAGAACGACACCUACUGCAGGUGUUCGCAACGUCGACCACCCUCCUUAUGUCAUCAACAACCAGCUUGGCGACUUGGCUGUUCACGCAGUCGCUCCCAAUGCUACUCACGUCGAUGGAGUACAGGAAUACGACGUGCACAACCUUUUCGGCUACGAGAUUUUGAACGCUACCUACCUCGCUUUGGAGCAGACCAUCCAAGGCAAACGUCCCUUCAUCAUUGGCCGCAGUACCUUCGCCGGAGCCGGUCAGUUCGCUGGACACUGGGGUGGUGACAAUUAUGCUACCUGGGAGUCCAUGCUCUUCAGUAUCCCUCAGGCCCUCGAUUUCUCCCUCUUCGGUAUUCCCAUGUUCGGUGCCGAUACUUGUGGAUUCUCUGGAAACUCGGAUGAGGAGCUUUGCAACAGGUGGAUGCAACUUAGUGCGUUCUUCACCUUCUAUCGCAACCACAACACGCUGGGUGAUAAUUCUCAGGAGCCUUACAUUUGGAGCUCCGUCAUCGAUGCUAGCAAGAAGGCCAUGGCCAUCCGCUACUCCCUCUUGCCUUAUAUGUACACUUUGUUCGAGUCCGCACACAAGACCGGUAGUACCGUCCUCCGCGCCAUGGCCUGGGAAUUCCCCAACGAUCCCACCCUCGUCGAUGCCAAUCGCCAAUUCAUGCUCGGACCCAGUCUGCUCAUCACACCCGUCUUGCUCCCUCUGGUGACCUCAGUCAACGGUGUCUUCCCCGGCAGCAAGGACGGCGUUGUCUGGUACGACUGGUACAACCAAUCGGCCGUUACCGCCACCCCCGGCGCCAACGUAACCAUGGACGCACCUCUGGGCCACAUCAACGUGCACAUCCGCGGCGGCAGCGUUCUGCCUCAGCAAGAAGCCGGUCUCACCACGACCGAGUGCAGAAACAGCCCUUGGAGCGUCAUCGCCGCUCUCUCUGCCUCAGGCACCGCUACUGGAAGCCUCUACAUCGACGACGGCGAGAGCAUCAUUCAGAACGCAACUCUCAACGUUGACUUUACGGCUGAGAACUCGCGUCUGUACGCUUCUGCUCGCGGACUCUGGCAGGAGAAGAAUGCACUUGCCAACAUUACUGUGUUGGGCGUGCAAGAUGCUCCUCGCAAUGUUUCGCUCAACGGCAUGGCUUUGAUGUCCGGCGUCAACUACAACGCCACCAGCAAGGUUCUCAAGGUUACUGGAUUGCAGAAUGCCACUGCUUCUGGCGCUUGGGCCAAGGAUUGGGUUUUGGAGUGGUAG